AUGACGGUCACAACCUCAGCUUUAGAAGUACCUCAGCCAGGGUCAGUUACUAGUGUCACCAUGGAUACAACAAUAGUUUUUUCAAAGAACGAUGGUAGAGAUGUGGAGUUGUAUGUAAAUCUCGUCAAUCCAUCAGACAAUGUGGUAUUGGUGGAAAUAUCUGCUCCUGGCGUGCCAACAUUCACAACGAGGCACCAACUAGUGGAAGCGAAAAACGUCUCUGUAACGAAAGUGACCACUACAAACUUCGAAAUAGAUGGAACAGGCAAAAGUGCUAAAAGUAUUCUCAUCCGGUCGAAUGAUACUGAUCUUAUUGUGAUCGGACUUUCAGCAGCUUUAAACAGUGGCGAUAUGUUCUUUGCUAGGAACGCUACACAACUUGGUACAGAAUAUUUUAUUAUUACAUACUGUGAUAUAGAUCGAAUUUGCCAAUUUGCCAUUACAGCUACCGAGGACAACACACUAAUUGAAGUAACGUUUCCUGGAUAUUUCGUCCCUUCUGAUGUAUUUAUUGGAACGAACUAUAGCCCUGGUGAGGUCAUUUCAAUGACCCUAGAAAAAUCACAGACUUUUCAAAUCCAAUCAAUGUCUGAUUUAAGUGGCGUAAAGAUUCUGUCAACAAAUGGAAAACGUUUUUCCGUUUUAUCUGGUUGCGUGUUCACUAGGGUACAGAAUGGUUACAAUCGUGAUCACUUAGCGGAUAUCGUACCCCCUAUAGCGGCAUGGGGGACUGAUUAUAUUAUCGUUCGAAGGAGGGUGACUGAGUUUGAACGCGAGUAUGUAAAAAUUGGUACAGCAGAUGAUGGCGCUAACGUUUCAAUAUUUGGAUGUGGGUCAACUGUUUAUCAGCACAUUCCAGAUUCUCAAACCUUCUUGUAUAAUUUAACGUGUCAAAGAAUUCACGUACGAUCGGAUGUACCAGUCCUCGUUGCUCAUUUUCCUGUUGCAGUCCCCAAUGGUGAUCCUGCGAUGUUCUUCCCAACUCCAAUUUCCCAGUAUGUCAGUGAAUAUGCUGUUUACAUUCCACCGGGAUUCAAGAACUGUGCCUUGGCACUAGUGAUGGAAACGGUUCAUACUCUUACAUUCGAUUUAGCCAAGUUUAGCAGCCAAUUUAACAACUGGAAAGAAAUACAAAACUCUGUUUACUCGACAGCAUGGUUAAAGAGAUUACAUUCCGGCGUCGUAGAAAUUCAUCAUACGUCUCCAUUUGGUGGCCACGUGAUAUGCGAACAGGAAAUAUCGAUGACAGCAUUAACAAUUGGUCUUGGAAAUGUGACUUUAAACGAACCACAGUUAUACUCUUCGACAACAGAUACAGAUGGUUCAACAACAGAGACGUUAACUCAGACGAUGACAACAGAAACCUUCCCAUCUACGUCUUUCCACCCAGACGUCACUUCUGCGAGAAACGUUUCAUCAACCACUACUGCAGCAGUUGACGGUAAAAAAGGUUUACUAAACUGUUCCUGUUGUAAAACAUUGCCGACUUCAGAUCCUCCUUCUCGUGAGCAGCUGUUAGCGAUGAUGAACAAAAUAAAAAACUCUCUUAGAGUUUCAAAGAAAGCCACAUCCCAUUACCUUCGUACUCUUAACAGUGCCUGGGACGAGAGGACAUCCUCAGCCAGUAUAGGUGCUGUAGGUAUUAUCGUUAUUUGUGUUGUGUUUGGAAGCAUCAUAGCAAUGGAUCUAGCAACUCUUUACCAGAAUCGUAGAUGA